CAUGACAAACCAAUAGGAGUGUGCAUUGUCACAUUCAGAGCGGGUGUUGCCUGUGGUGGAAAGUUUAAAAGAGAGUGUGUGCCCUGUUGUCCCUCAGCAGAAGCAUUAAUCAACAUGAUCCCUAUUGUGCUGGCCUCAGUGCUCAUUGCUAGCGCCCUUGGGUGCGGCACCCCACCCAUCGAGCCCCUGACUGCCCGCGUGGUCAACGGAGUAGAUGCCAAGCCCCACAGCUGGCCCUGGCAGAUCUCUCUACAGUAUGAGAAGAACGGUGAGUGGAGGCACACUUGUGGGGGAUCUCUGAUUGCUGCCAACUGGGUCAUGACUGCUGCUCACUGCAUCAACUCCAAGUUCUCCUACAGGGUGUUUGUGGGAAAAUACAACCUGGUGGAGGAAGAGGCUGGCUCCAAGGCCAUCCUGCCUGAGAAGAUUAUUGUCCAUGAGAGAUGGAACCCGAUCUUUGUGGCCUUCGGAAAUGAUAUCGCCCUGAUCAAGCUGUCAGAGUCUGUGACUUUGAGCGACCAUGUGCAGCUGGCAUGUAUCCCUGCUGCUGGCACUGUGCUGUCCAACCUCUACCCCUGCUACAUCACCGGCUGGGGCAGGCUGUCCACCGGAGGUCCCAUAGCUGAUAAGCUGCAGCAGGCCUUGAUGCCUGUGGCCGACCACGCCACCUGCUCCCAGUCUGACUGGUGGGGUGUUGCUGUCAGGACCACCAUGGUGUGCGCCGGUGGGGAUGGAAUCGUGGCUGGAUGCAACGGCGACUCUGGUGGCCCUCUAAACUGUAAGAACACAGAGGGUACCUGGGAGGUCCAUGGCAUUGCCAGCUUCGUCUCUGGCCUUGGCUGCAACUAUGAGAAGAAACCCACUGUCUUCACCAGAGUCUCCGCUUUCAACGACUGGAUCGACGAGGUUAUGAUGAGCAACUAAAGAAGACAAAGUGUCAAUAAAAAGGCAAGCUGCAUUU